CCCGUCCACCUCGCCACGUUUCCCUCUCCACCACCCAACCUCUAAAAGCUGCCCUCUUUUCCUCCCUCUACGCAAAAUCAUUCCUUUCUCGCUCCCUCUCCCUCCUCUUCCCUUCACAUCAUCUGACGCAUCUGACCCACCUCACCGUCCCUCCGGCAAUGGCCGCGCGUCUCUUCGCCUGCUUCGGCCAUGGCUGCUUCUCCUCAUCCACCUCCGGCGACAAUCCGUUCGCUGAAAACGCGACAGCCGACCAGGCAGCGGAGGAGCAGAGGAGGGCCGGAGCCGUGCUGGUGGAGCUCUUCUCGUCGCAGGGAUGCGCCACGUCACCGGAGGCGGAGCUGCUGCUGUCGCGGAUCGGGAGGGGCGACUUCCAGCUGGACUUCCCCGUCAUUGUCUUGGCCUUUCACGUGGACUAUUGGGACCAUCUUGGCUGGAAGGACCCGUUCGGAUCCAGCAUCUGGACCGUCCGUCAGAAGGCCUAUGUGGAGACCCUGAUGCUCGAUACUCUGUACACGCCCCAGGUGGUGGUCCAGGGUCAGCACCAGUGCGUCGGCACGGACGAGGAUACGCUACUCUCAGCCGUUGGAUCUGCUAAUCGGCUCCCCGCGCCGUCCCUGCAGGCGACAUUCCAACUGCCUGCACCAGACACUCUCCAAGUCUCUAUAACAGGAUCCCUGCGUACAAAGAUCGAUAGCAAUGGCGCCAACGUUAUGGUCGCACUCUACGAGAAUGGGCUUGUCACCGACUGCACCAAGGGCGAGAACAAAGGCCGUGUACUGGCAAAUGACUACGUGGUCCGUAGGCUCGAGAAGAUCUGUACCGUCAAGGACUUGUCUGCGAAAAAGAACGUAACGGGUACUGCUAAAUUCUCUCUGUGGGAAGGCUUCAACAGCAGCAAGUGUGGGGUAGUCGUCUUUGUUCAGAACAAAUCGCUUCACACGUUCGGAUCGCAACAGUUCCCGUUGCCGGAUAAUCUCUGAAGUCGUGUGAUUGUACAGAGAUGUGAUUGGGUUGUGGCGAUUUAUGUUUCUUUAUUUUCGAGUUUUUGAGAUUUUUCUUUUUCUUCUUUAUUAAUAGGGAGUGAGGGCAAGAUUGGGAUUUUGUGUUCUUGCGUCUCUUUUUCAUCAUUUGGGAUUCUGAUUAUGGCUUGUAAUUUGAUGGUUUCAAUAUGCAAGGGACAGAGAACAUUGUACUUUUCUUUA